UACUCAAGAUAAUUUAAAAAAUGGAUUAAAAAUAAAAAAAACAAAAUUAUUUAUCAAUAAAUAGAGGGUGAGAAAUGAAAUGAGAAAGACUUGACACAGAAAAGAGGCGGAGACUGUAUGAGACCACACGGCGCGCUGUCUGUGUAACCGUUUCUCUGAAUUUCAACAUCGCUUUGAACUUUAAGCGCUUCGGAUGGAACAGUACGAGAAAGUUGAGAAGAUAGGUGAAGGUACAUACGGUGUGGUUUACAAGGCUCGUGACCGUGCUACCAAUGAGACGAUCGCUUUGAAGAAGAUUCGUCUUGAGCAGGAAGAUGAGGGAGUUCCGAGUACCGCGAUUCGAGAGAUUUCUCUCUUGAAAGAAAUGCAGCACAGGAACAUUGUUAGGUUGCAGGAUGUGGUGCACAGUGAGAAGCGAUUGUAUCUGGUUUUUGAGUACCUUGACUUAGAUCUAAAGAAGUUUAUGGAUUCAUCUCCAGAAUUUGCAAAAGAUCAACGGCAAAUAAAGAUGUUCCUUUAUCAAAUUCUCUGUGGCAUUGCUUACUGUCAUUCUCAUAGAGUUCUUCAUAGAGACUUGAAACCACAGAAUCUGUUGAUUGAUCGCAGCUCUAAUGCGCUAAAGCUUGCAGAUUUUGGAUUGGCCAGGGCAUUUGGAAUUCCUGUUAGGACAUUUACACAUGAGGUGGUGACACUCUGGUACAGAGCUCCAGAAAUAUUGCUUGGGUCUCGUCAUUAUUCUACCCCGGUUGAUGUCUGGUCAGUGGGAUGCAUAUUUGCAGAGAUGAUAAACCAACGGCCACUUUUCCCAGGGGACUCUGAGAUUGAUGAAUUGUUUAAAAUAUUCAGAAUCACGGGUACACCGAAUGAGGAAACAUGGCCUGGAGUGACUUCAUUGCCUGAUUUUAAAUCAGCCUUUCCCAAGUGGCCAGCUAAGGACCUGGCAACUCAAGUCCCAAAUCUGGAGCCAGCUGGUCUUGAUCUUCUAUCUAAUAUGCUUUGCUUGGAUCCCACCAGAAGAAUUACCGCCAGGGGCGCUCUUGAGCAUGAAUACUUCAAAGACAUUAAGUUUGUCCCAUGAGUUCUUGGCUUCACGGAAGAGGUGUCUAUAUUAUUGUGUGUAUCAUUUAUGGGUUUUGACUCAGAAAUGGGUGCUAUCCUUGGUAUUUUCUUCAAUGCUUGGACUGAGUAAUAUUUAAUUUAUUGGUUCUUACAGAUUUUUUUAGAUUCAGCUUGAGUGUGAUCAUACUGCCUAUUACCUUUUUUAAAUGUCUUAGUCCCAGUACAAUGCAACCAGCAAAUUUCCUGUUUGGUUGAUGUAUAAUAUUAAUAGACAUUGUUGAAUGGUGGUUGUAGAACAAAUGUUACUCCUACUGGCAUGGAGCAUGUAAAUUUGACUUCCGUUCAUGUCUGUAAGUUGUUUUUAUCUGCUUUCUCGAAUUGGCAUUAGAUUCGUUCAAUGAAACAAUUCAAAUA